CGGAAAUUUUAAAUAAAUGUUGGUUCUAGAUUCUAGAUACUUACUUGACUUGACACUUAAAACUGUCACAACUCUACCAACCUAAGUCGGUAGACACUGAAAGUUAUGGAAGAUUUCUUUCUCUAACAGUCACAUCAUUGUAUCAUCUAAAACGUAUUACAAGUACACCAUCAACAUUUUAAUUUGUAAGAUAGGUAAAACAGAUUUUCGGGGUCGAGUCUAUGGUCGAGUGGACAAGCCGUGAUCUGAUUUCUUCUGUUGGUAUAGGGACGCGGGCGGGACAGACUUAUUUUGUACUUGAACAAUUCUUUAGAAUAUUUUGUGGUACUUAACCUCUGCCGUACUUCAUUGACUGGUUGUUUGAGCUUUAACACAACAACAAUAAAAAAAAAUCAUGGCAUCAAUCUUGCUUUCACAAGCAGAAGAGGAUGAUGUUGACUUAAUUUUUGUCAUUCCUCAAAAUUUAAAAAAUCACAGUGACUGCGAUAAAAAUAUGCAAGAUGCAUUUCGAAGUUGUGAAGAUAAUACACUGAAUCCCAGCUGGAAGACGGAAGAGUCCUGCUUAGAAUUAAAGCCCACCAAGAAAAGCGUUUUUGUUCUACAAGAAUUUUCAGGAAAGGCAUUUGAAUACCUAAAAAGAUUUAAGUGUGUUAUCACUGGUCCUAGAUGCCUCAAUCAUUGUUUGAUUCGAGAGGAACACAUGCCUCUCGUACCUCACCCAACGUUUACUGCUGCCAUGAAAGACCUUGUCAUUACUUCAAGUGGAGGGGGCUUGGAAGUUAAAAAAGAAAUUAAAGAAAAGGUUGAACUUAUGUCUGGUACCUAUGCAAAAGGCUUCAAUGAAACUACCACUCAUGUUGUGGUAUCUUCUGUCGCAUCAACCAAAUAUGAGAAAGCAUUGGAGUUGGGUAUCCCAGUGAGGACUCAUGAAUGGGUGAAUGCUGUAUGGAAACGGAGCUUGAAAGAAUACAUUCUAGCAACUGAUGAAAUUUUCAACGAUUUUAAGUGUCCUCCUUUUUUAAAUUUGAAUGUUUGUGCAACAGGUUUUAUAAUUAAAGAGUUAGAUCGCUUAAGGAAUCUUGUUGCACAGAAUGGAGGGAACUUUGACCCAUCUUUCAGUCAGAAAAUUGAUGUUUUAGUUGUAAAACAUCCCAAAGGGGAGAAGUACAAAUAUGCACAACAAUGGAAUAUUCCAUGUGUUGAACCCAAAUGGAUUUAUGAUAGUGUACAGAAUGGUCAUAACUUACCAACCAAAUCAUAUGAAGUUAAAGGUGGCAGGGCUGCCUCAUCUCCAACUAUGGGCAAUGCCUCUGUUAAUUUUUCUGCCAAUGUGAGCAGCAUCCAGCUUGAUCAUCGAACACACAUUGACGAAACAUUGAUGAAUUCAUCCAUAAGUAGUGUAGCUAGUUAUUGUCCCAUUUCAAAAGCCAAAACUCCUGUUAAAAUGCCCCCUCCAGCUUCUGUAAAAACUCCAGUGAAGUCAAAAAUCCUACCUUGUUCUAACCCUGGGGAAUUGAAGCAUCUCCUCAGUGAAUUAAAUCUAAGCCAUGCGAAGAAAGCAGGUUUAUUCUUAGAUGGUUGUCGGGUCUAUUUACUGGGAUGGAAUCCUGAUGAAACGGAGAGCCUGAGGAAGAUUUUAAAAUGUAGUGGUGCAGCUCGUUUCACUGAUUUAUCUGAAAGGGUAUCACAUGUGCUAGUUGGGAACUUAGAAAAGCCAUUUUUGCGAACUUUAAAAGGAUUACCUCAGAAACCUCAUGUAGUCAAUAUCAAGUGGCUAAUUCAGAGUGUGGCUGAAAAGAAACCGGUUUUGGAAGAGCCAUUCAUUUGUUUGCCAAGCGAAAACGUGAAUGUUUCUGAAGCUCCUUCCCCAUUAAGUAAAAAGGGAAUGGCACUUCUUCAAAAUUUUUCUCCACAAAAGCCACUGCCAAAGCCAAAUCAUUCUGACAUUAAAAGUGAGACUAAGACAACCGCAUCUCCAAACAAAGGUGAUCAACUUCUGGCAAAAUAUAUUUCAGCUGACUCCUCUGCUGUCUGUAUGCCGCCACCACCUGUUCCAUCUGCAAAAAAGCAAAUUCUACAGCCAGUCAAUAUCUCUAAAAAUGCAAAUAAUAGUGAUGUGGUGAGUCAAGAGGAAAAUGAUAUGUUUUUUACUGGUUUAAAGUUUGUGAUUGUUGGACUCCCUGAUGAAUCAGCCUCUUAUGCUGAGAAAGAUUUGAUUAAAAAACAUGGUGGGGAAGUUGUUCCCAAGUCGUUUAAAGGAGUACCUGAUUAUGCAGUUGUACCCUUGACAGGGUUUACACUCAGACAGACAGCUACUGAAAUAAUAACUAUACUCUGGCUGGAGGCCUGCUGUGAACAUCAAUCUAUUGUGUCAGUGGAGUAUUACCACCAACCAGUUGUUUUGGACGUAACAAAGAAACCACUUGAGAGCUGUGUUAUUGGUCUCAGUGGUUUUUCUGGAAGAGAACGCCAAUUCAUUUUAGAACUAGCUUCAGCUCUUGGUGCUACAUGUCAAGAAGUCUUUGCAAAAAAAACUAAAACUGAUGCAAAAGCAUCAUCACACCUCAUCUGUAAAAGUGAUGUGAAAAGUGCCAAGUUUGAUGCUGCCAUAAAAUGGUUCCGUCCUGCUGUAUAUCAUUCGUGGCUUCUUAGUUGUGCAUCUACCGGUUCACAUGUACCUGAAACGGGUCAUCUAGUGGAUCCUAAGCAGGUUAUCAAGCCACUUGAUGCUAUGAACAAUACAACUACCAGUUUUAUAAAUAGCUCUUCAGUAAUCAACAAACGUCAGUCUUCACUGAAGCAACCUGCCUGCAUGAAAACUCCUGAGCAAACUGCCCUCCCACCAGAAUUGAUGAAUCAGGUUGAUAAAAUUCUCAAUUAUGUUCCAUCCCCUAACCCUCAUGCUGUUAAAACACCACCUGUGCUAAUUGGUAUUUCUGACAAUCCAACGCCUGGUGAAAGCAAACGCAUUCAGAAGUGGUUGGACAAAUUACCUGGUCAGUUGCCUGCUUCUCCUUCAAGGAGAGAUUCUACGCCUCUACAUGAAUUAAGAAAGAGAGUUUUACGAGCUCACACUGUGACUACUCCUGAGAUGUUACAUGAAGUUCCUGUGCAAGAUAAGGAAUUAGAAGAUUUUCCUGAGUCUGCAACAGCCAUGAUGGCACAAGCUGAAGAAAAACAAUCAAGUCCCAUCAAACCCAUUUCAUGUAGUACACCUACUUAUAGUGGAAACUCAAAUGCUUCUCGAAAAUUAUUUAAAAUCAACUCUGAUUCUGCCUCUCCAGUUGAAUGCCAAUUAGAUAAGCUUAAAAGACUUAUUGCAACACCAGAAACAGGUGAGGAUUGCUCUUCCUCGAAGUCAGCUAGUUUGAAUCAUUUGAGAGUUGCUGGGAAUCCACAUAAAUCUGUGAUAUAUGAUCCCCUCAAAGAUGGUUCUCAACCAUAUGCUAUUCAGUGGGAGGACCCGGUUAACCUUAAGAGAUCUGUCUCGGAAGAAAGUGUGACUCCUAAUCAAGACGAGAAAGGAAAUGAACUGCCAGCCAAAAGAAAGAGCUCUGAAAAUGCUGAAAAUGCUCCUGAACCGAAGAAGUUACACCAUGAGAUCCCCAAAACUGAUUCUAAAAGAGCAAGUUCUGGAAAGGUGUACAAGUUUUGCAUGUCUGCUGUUGAAACCAAAGAACCCCAUAUAUCCACCAUACAAAAACUUGGAGGAGUCCUCAUUGAUUCCCAAUCAUACAAUCCAGAGGCAACUCAUCUUCUACUUGAAAAGGCCCCACAGCGCAGUGAAAAGUUAUUGGCUUUUAUUGCUGCUGGGAAAUGGGUUUUACACAUGUCCUUCUUGUUUGAGAGUGAUAAACAUGGGGAAUUCCUUCCGGAAGAAGACUUUGAAUGGGGUAACCCAAAAAACAACCUUUUAAGUCGGUUGAAACCUAACACUGUUGAAGAAUCCAUGGCGAAAGCUGUUUAUCGGUGGAGAACCACCAUAUCUGAAAAUGGAGGUCGUGGUGCAUUUAGUGAUUUUGUUUGUAAGAUAUUUUCAGAAAAAGCUCUUCCUUUUUCAAGGUUGGUUGCUGCAGGGGGUGGUAAAGUUCUACCUGAAAAGUCUCAGAAGAUCCCUUCUCUCUGCAUUGUUACUUUGUCUACCCACAAGGGGUGUCUUGAUACAUUUGCUAGGCAAGGUAUUCCUUGUGUACCUCCAACAUACCUGUAUGAGCACCUCACGCAAGAUCCUAUCCCAACUCCUGAAGCAAGGGCUUAUGACGAGUAUAAGAUGUUGAGGAAGAAAUAUUUAUCAGAUCAGUAACUUUUGUAUUGAGUUUUAGAUGUGACUUGAGUUUUGUAUUGUCUGUACUAAAUAUCAAUUUUAACCCUUAUGUGAUAUUUUUAAUCAAUUUUAUUUUGUAACAAUUUUUAUUUAAAAAAUUUUUUGAAUAAAGACUGAUGAAUUUGA